UACACUUACUCUGCAUGCAUGCGUUUUUAUUGAAAAUUAAUGACAGGCGCGAUCAUUAAUGACAGAACCACUCUUUUGAGCAAAGUAUCGCACGUGGAUCAGAUCAUCAAACCAUGUUCCGUGAACGAGUAGUUUACAAGCCACGUUCACGGGUCUAUAAACCAUGGAGGAAAUAAAAACACAUUCCUCCAUGCUUUUACCACGUGGACGAUGGGAAUCCUACCGCGCAUUACACAUGUUCCAUCGGCAGUCAUGUCAAUACGACUACUUUUGCAAAGUACACGUAGGCCUACCUUCGAACAUGCCCAAUGGUUAUCGCGCAGAAAGCGCGACAUCUUUCGACGGUAUUCGUCAUUUUCGCCAUUAAAGGCAUCAUUGAUCAAAAACAUCAAUAUUUUCUCCAAGUCAAGCAAGUCGCGAUCGUUGCCUUUGCCUCUCUACAAGCCAGAGGCAGGAUGUGGAUUUGCAGACAAAACAUCCAUUUUGAAAGCUGGACAACUUUCAAGUGUGUUUGAAAGCAGCGAUGCUGAAACAGCUGACAUUGUUUUGCAGAAUUUUGAGCUUCAUGAAAAUUUGGUGUCGGAGGAAGAAGAAAACUCUCUCUUGGAGGAAGUUGAAGAUUAUCUAGAAGACUUGGAUUAUGAAUAUGAUCACUGGGAUAAUGCAAUUCAUGGAUACAGAGAAACAGAGAAAUCACAGUGGUCAGUGAAGAGCCAAGCUGUCCUACGGCGUAUUAGACAAGUUGCCUUUUCCAGUGGAGAGCAACAGCUAAGUUUGGUGCAUGUAUUGGAUCUGGCUCAAGAUGGAUACAUCAAGCCACACGUAGAUAGUGUCAAGUUCUGUGGUUCUACCAUUACUGGUGUGAGUUUGCUGUCUACUGCCAUCAUGAGGCUAGCAAAACAGAACAACCCGGAACACUGGGUCAAUGUUGUCCUUAAGCCGCGAUCUCUAUAUGUCAUCAGGGAUGUGGUUCGCUACCAGUUCACCCACGAGAUUUUAAAGGACAGUGAAUCUUCUUUCAGAGGUCAAAGGUUACCACGUGCCCGCCGGAUUUCUAUUAUUUGUCGGAAUGAGCCAAGUUGAUGUGAUAAAUGUGAAGGGACUGAACUCUUACUCAGAGCAACAUGAUUGCCAUUCAGUUCUUAGGCUUGAAGGUGUGUAUAGAGGAGGGUCUUGGUAUAGCGCUGUAUACGUACUACAAUUUAUUUACUUAUUUUAUUGAGAUGAAUAAAUGUGGGCCUAUAUAAUGUAAUACAUGUACAUCUCUGGACAAAAUCCAACCCCGCCUACAUUGCUUCUGAUGAAGUAGAUAUUAUGCAACAGUAUGCAUAUUUCUAUAUACAUGUAUUAAGUGGUCACAAAAAUGCUGAACACUGUCUGACAAACCCUGGGGGUUUGACAAACCCUAGGCCCUGUCGCUAGGAUGCAUCUUCAUUCCUACAAAAUCGUACACUACCUAGCUACAUGUAAACAUUUGAUACAGCUCAAUCGUCCAGAAUCAUCCGUUAUUUCUUGAAUUGUUCAUUUAUAGGGUGACCAGUGCCUCAAUUCUGCAAACUCCUCCAAUAAUCACUGUUGGUAUUUUGAGGCAUUGUCGGAAGCAGUACAGAUGAUUUUCGGAAUAUAAGCCGCGGCUUAUACAUUGAUUUUGCCCAUGAAAAUGUUUAUUGCGGCUUAUACACAGGGCGGCUUAUACGCCAAGCCU